AUGGUAGCAAUUCACAGUAUCCAAUUUGGAACGAACUAUAGGACUUAUACUUAUCUUCCCUUAGCAGCUCAUAUGGUUAGAUGGGAUAGUGCAAUGUACGAAGCUAAUUUUAUUAUAUUCCAUAAAAGCGAGUAUACAAGGAAUCUGCUUAAAUGGUCACUUCUUUGUGCAGCAUCCAAACAGUGUAUUGAGCCUGAUAACUCUUUCAUAAACUGCUCUUCAAAUUAUAAUAAUGUUGGAGAUUGUCAUAGAUACGAUCAGAGCGUUUUUGGAAUUAUCAAUGUUAAUGGGGAAUAUCAACGUUCAAUUUUAUCUGCAGGUAAAAUCUGA